AUGUUGACCACAAAUGAUAUAUGUAAAACUACAUUUAAGAAAUUUGGAUAUAGUAAGCAGUUUCCAUUAGUAUCAAAUUAUACGUGUUUAGAAUGGAAAACUAAACUUUCUCAAUUGCGUAUUAAACGUGAACAAGAAUUAGAACAUCGAGUAAAUGAAUGUUAUCGUUUACGAGAUUUACAUAAAAAUCAAUUUGAUUGUUGUAUAACAGCUAAUAAACAAAAAGUAUCUGAGCCGUUAUCGACGACAACUAUGAUCAACGAUGAUCAUCAAGAAAAAAGUCAAGAUGUUUUAUUUGAGAAAAAACACUCAAUACUUCGUAUCAAAUAUUGUCCUUUAUUAUACACAUUAGACACGAACAUUUCAACUCAUCAAGAAACUUUUGUUCCAGAAAAAUACGACAAACUGGUAAAAAAUGAAAAAGAAUUAUCUAUUUUGAAAGAUCUUACGCAACAUAUACCAUCAACAUCUGAACAAGAUCGUGAAAAUACAAACGUACCAUCUACUCAAUUGGUCAAUAAACAAAUGAAAUCUUCUGAUGUAACAACUAAACGUUUGAGUGUGUCAUCAGUCAACACUGCUGAUAAACGUCGUUGUAUAGUUUAUGAAGAAUGGCCAAAUAUAGAACAAAUAAGUAAAAUUCUUGGAUAUAAAAUUCAACAAAAAUCUAUGACUCCUGCUGUGGUUGAGAAAAAAUCCAGUUCUCCAUUAGUAACAGGAAGAUCAAAACGUCAUGCAUUAACUUCGGCUGCGAAGCGAUUGAAACGUGAGACGAAUCCUCCUUUAUCGAGGAAUGAUCCACCAACUCUCUCGAGUCUUGCUGUUUUGGGAAGUUCACCUGUGGUCAUGAAUAAUCUACAGAUGAAGCCAGACAAAAUAAAGUUACCAGACAUUUUUUGCCCAUCGUCCGAGAGUUAUUCCACUACUAUAUUGAUCAAACGAUGGUUGAUGAAAAAUGAUUUUUGUUCCGGAUCAUCGAGGACGUUACCGCUUCUAUAG